ACUUUCACGUUGAACAUCGAAAACCACUCAAGCAUAUCACCCACCAAAAUGAAUCUCCAGUCGCCCUCAGAAAAAGCCCAAUACCUAGUCACCUCUCUAGAAGAGAACGGCCAAAGCGACUACAUCGGCGAAUCCAUCAGCCAGCUCGAGCACUGCCUGCAAGCUGCCAAUCAAGCCAAGACGUCAGGAGCCAAAAACGAGCUCAUAAUAGCAGCUCUCCUCCACGACAUCGGCCAGAUCGUCCCGCUAGAAUCCACCAAAGCAGCACGAAUGACCCUCAAGAACAGCACCGAGGAUCUCGGCCGUGUGGGCCACGAGAUGAUAGGAGCUGAGUUCUUGCGCGCGCUUGGGUUUAGUCGGGAUGUGUGUCAUUUGGUUGGGAGUCAUGUUGCUGCUAAACGGUAUUUGACGGCCGUGAACAACUCCUAUUGGGACUCGUUAUCUUCGGCUUCGAAGAAAUCAUUGGAGUGUCAGGGGGGCCCGUUUAAGGGUGCGGAGCUUGUUGCCUUUGAGCAGGAUCCCCUUCGGGAUGAAAUGGUUGCUAUGCGACGUUGGGACGAUGCGGCCAAGGUCGAGGGAAUUAAAGAUUCAACGCCGCGUCCUGGGGCUUAUUUUGAUAUGAUCAGGACCCAUUUGGAGCAACAGGGAAUGGCAUGCUAAUCGCAAACUAUAGCUUUUAAAGUAUAGCUUUUACGUC